AGCUCUGUGGCACAAUUGUUGAACUGAGGAAAUAUGUUUCAGCCGCAAUGUCUUUCUAGAAGAGCAACAAUGCAAUACACUGUAAUACACAUUAAUAUGGGCAGCACUGCGAACCAAUCGGCUUCUACUAUUGCUCGAGUGCGAGGGGCUUGCAGCUAAUGAAUAUCCAAUGAGUGCGCUCGGUGGGCACAGAGAACAAGGGGCUUGUGUAGUGUUUGUUUUUGCAUUCUUAAAUCCUUUUAUAUUGACAAACAGGCCUGAAAGCAGCACUUAGUGGUGGAUCAUAGCGGAUAUUUUUGUUGCGUUUUUCGCACCCCGCCUGGUGGAGGCACCCCUCGGUCCGUUCAGGAACGUCGCCCCCUGUCAGGGAACAAUGUCUGGCAAAGCUGCGAUGACAGUUGUGCUGAAGCCUGGGGGCAACAAGGCUCCAGAGGCUCCGCAGAAAUCAUUCCCUUUUGUUUUAAAGAAGAUCAUGGACAUUCCUCCCCCUAACAUCCUGGAGGAAGGCGAGGACGAAAUAGAGAAGGAGAAGCUGUGCUCCCUUGAGGAUGUGGAUGGAGGUGGGGCAGGAGCAGCCAGUGCUGGAGGAGGAGGAGGAGGAAGAGGAAGAGGAGGAGAAGGAAGAGGAGGAGAAGGAAGCGUUGUUGUUGUUGCAGGUGCUGGUGGAGGUGUUUCAGCCUCCUUAACCCCUGCCAUUUGGGACAAGACCAUUCCCUACGAUGGGGAGACCUUCCACCUGGAGUACAUGGACCUGGACGAGUUCCUCCUGGAGAACGGGAUCCCUGCGACCCUGGAGGAGGAGGAGCUGCAGAAGACUUUAGCCUCCGUGGGAAUCAAAGCCAAAUUCCUCCCCAAGGUUACUCCUACAGCUUCUUCUACUACGACCACGACUCCUGCCGUCGCCCCCGUCCCCGCCUCGGCGUCUUCCCCCUCGGCCUCCGCCACCUCCACCGUCACCUCAGAGCCAGAGGAGCCGGUGACGGUCACUACGCUACUACCGGCAAAGAUAGAAGAAGAAGAAGAAGAAGAGGAAGAAGAAGAAGAGGAAGAGGAGGAGGAUGAGGAGGAGGAGGAGGAGGAGGAAGGGGAAGAGGAAGGACCAGAGGAGGAGACGUUGUGUCAGGAAGUCAAAGUGGAAGUGAAAGAGAAAAAAACAGAGCGCAGCACCCCCUCCCCCGUGGACCCCGAGGCCAUCGAGGUGGACAUUAACUUCCAGCCGGACCCCACGGAUCUGGUUCUGUCCAGCGUGCCGGGGGGGGAACUGUUCAACCCGCGCAAACACAAGUUCUCAGAAGAGGAGCUGAAGCCCCAGCCCAUGAUCAAGAAGGCCAAGAAAGUGUUUGUUCCCAACGAGCAGAAGGAUGACAGAUACUGGUCCAGGAGGAAGAAGAACAACGUAGCGGCGAAGCGUUCCCGUGACGCGCGGCGGCUGAAGGAGAACCAGAUCACGGUGCGCGCCUCCUUCCUGGAGCGGGAGAACGCGGCGCUGCGGCAGCAAGUGUCCGAGCUGCGGAAAGACUGCGGACGAUGCAAGACCGUCCUGACCCGAUACGAGGCCAAGUACGGCCCGCUGUAAACAACUCAUUAACACCAAAAACAUGACGUAUCAAUGAGACAAAAAGCAGAACUCCCUUCCCCGCAGAAUUCAACACGGACACCAACCACCAAGGGAAUCUAAAUUUGCAUCUUCGCCGACCUCCAUGUCCAUGUGUCGAGCUCCGGGUGUGUUUUCCCGACGCGAGGUCCGGAGUUUCGGACACACACUGGCAGGCGGCGAGGCUUCGUGAUGGAGCGGGGGCCGCAGGAGGGCCUGUGGAAGAGCGCCUGGCUCCUACACACUCAGAGAGGAAGAUUGAGGACACUCCCGUGGUCAAACACACAGUCAGGAAAUCAGAGCAAAGCGGUACAAAUGAAUCACAAAUCCGUUAUUUUUACAACUGCACAGCACUUAUUCUUCUUAGUGGACCAAAGCAUGUCAGUGUAGAAGUCCUGUGUUCAGUGUGGUGCACACUUUGCCGCCCCUCAAGUUUCCUCGUGUUGCACUCGUGUUUGUGUCGUGUCUGUACUUCCAUUUAAACACUCCAGCUAAGACGAUAGGAGCAGAUGACGAAGGAGCAGGAGAAAGAAUCAGGUACUUCCAGAGGGAGGAAGCAGAAAGGAGGAGAACAUGAGUAAUUCACUCACAGUCACUCACAAUCUCUUUGUGUGUGUAGUCGUGUCCCCGGGCCACAGUGUUUAAGUCUAUGGUUUAAAUCUACCGUAUAACACCAUGGGAGACACAUAGAUUUUUUAUUCGGGGGAAAAACAUGCAUGCCCUACAAUUUAAAGCUACUGUGAUGUGGUUUCCUUUUUCUACUGACCUCAGAUCAGCUUCCAGAGACCUCACAGGAUAAAACAGGUUUCCUUUGAUUAUAGAAAGAGAGAUGUAUUUCUUGUAGGUUAAAGGCAUAGGUCUGAUGGGCCCUCACCAGUGGGGGGGUAUGCUCAUGCGUAGGAGAGUUUAUUUUACUGCACACUGCAGGUAGAGGGCGCUAGAGCCUCCGCCUGUCUGGUCUAAUGUAGUGACAGCUGGAUUUUAUUUUUUUAAAGAUUUAACCAAGCCCAAAGUCGACUGUUUCGAAAACAAACCUUUGUAAAUAUGGUUCUUUAUUUACUGAGAUCCUGUCUCUAUAAGCUUGAUAUUAUUCCUAUAUUUGCCAAAUGAGUGCUGUAUUUAUUCUGAUGGUAAUAAUGCAUCUGUUGAUUUUGAUGUAUAACAUGUCAGAUCAUUUCCUUUGAGGAACAAUACUUCUAUAAUGAAACCAUUGCAGGGAAAUCAAAGGGUAAACUGUGCUUUUGGAUGUUUAAACAGAUUUAUAUAUAGUUUUAUUGGUUUUGUUUUGUUUCUAUAUAUAUAUAUACAUUCAGCGUGUCUGAUCACAGAGAAAAGACACUCUUAUUUACCUCAUCCAACACUUCCUAUUUUAAACGAUAUAACGUUUAGCAGGGUUGGAAGCAGAAAGCACAUAAAGCAGCUUAUUUCAUUUGGCAGAACUCCGAGUGGAUGCGUUGGGUUGCUGAAUUUCUAAAUUAUUGAAUAGAUUUCAGACUGUUAUGGGACUCGAUAGCUCAAAUGUCUUUGGCUGAUGCACAUUUCGUGCUCGGUUUGGCUUGUGCUCAUAAUCGCCAUAAUAAUCUUGGAAAGAAAAAAAAAAGUGGCAAUAAUACUCUGUUAUGUAAUGCUCGUUUUAUUUCUGUGAUGUAUGUAAACGUAUUAUGAUGUACUGAAUAGAUAUGCCCCAAAGUCAUUUGUGCUUCCAGUUUAGAUCCUCUGUAGUCCAGGAUCCUAAUGCAUGAAACCCAGUGACCUGUCUUUGUUAUUCCGCUGAAUAUUUCACACAAAGUGUACUUAUGUCUGUAAACCAUCACUGAAAACUCCAUAUGUUUUUGGAUGGGUAUACGUUGAUGGUCUAUUGUACAGUUCUGUCAGAAGUUUGCUAUGAUCUCCUGUGUUUACGACUUGCAUAGCGCCACCUAUCCUCGUGCAGCAGUGCUAGACCUUGGGGCGAACAUCAGCAGAAAACACCUUUUGAUCACUGUGUGGAUUGUUUUCUAUUAACUAAACAUUGAUCUAUAUCUAGAUACACUGGGUCUGCUUUUGAUUUUGUGUGUUCUUGUUUCCUGAUGAUUUUGUGACAUUUCUUAGCAACGUGUUUAUGUUGCUUUGACUGAAUUGUAUACAUCAAUGUAGAUGAUGAAUGCAACCGUUUAGUUGUGUUUUUAAUUAAAAUAUUCUACAACAGCAGCCAGUCUGAUUAAAGAGCGGCGCAGUGAUGACGUAUAUUUGUAGGCUGACCCAUCGCAAGGGCUCCCUCGACAAAAAGCCAAUGGGAUCUUUUCAUAGGAUUUCAGAAAAUAAGAUCUAUGGCAAUCACAUUUUUAUGAUUAAGACGUUUGGUUUAGCAGGAAAAUCUCCACAUAUUAAUACCAUUUUUUUAGGAAUAAAUGCAAUCACCAGAAGUUAAAAUAAUAAGGAACUUCCCGUCACCACUGCUAAGCUAAAGGCGGCUAAUGUUCGGUGUGAUGUUUAGUAUUCGGAUUUAGUCACUUGAAUGUUAGCAACCGUUGUUUUUAUGACACAUAGAAGCUUCAGACAUUCAAUCAGCAGUGAUGUAUUUAGUGACGAAAACAUUUGAAAAUCUUUUUAUCUUGUGUUAAAGAUCUUAUUUCAGGCAAAAACACAUUUAUAAAACCAUUGUCUUGGAGACGAGGGAACCAGAUGUAGUCAAAUGUCCUGGUAUAAGGCCACAUUGCUGCACAACUUUAUAGGUACAGGCAGGGGCGGACUGGGACUAAAAAUCCGCCAGGGACUCUCGACCGGCCCACUUCGGUACCGCUAGUAGCCUAUAUACCGCGAGUAAAUUGACAACGUGGGGUGCUAGUGACUGACUUAUCCGACCGGCCCACUUCGGUAUCGGCCCAUCCGUACCCAGUCCGCCACUGGGUACCGGCCAAGAGAUUAUUUUAGAAGACACAAAUAUGUAUUCUUUAAAUACUGGAUACAGUAUGUUGCAACGUUUCUUGAUGCUAGUAACUCUCAAGCCUGCACAUUUUAAUUUAGCUGGCGGUAAAACCAAUAGGUAAUGAAGAAAGCAGCAGCAGUUAAGAUCAGCAGCUCGGUCGCCUCCUACAGACAAAAACAGUAGGCUACUGGCGUCUUUACCUGAGCACUAAUUUAGGAAAAAAGUUUUACAACAGCGUGUUUUUCCUUAAAAGGACCCAUUUACUUUGUUUCGGAGGUUUGAAAUAUAAACUCUAUUAUCGCCAGUUAAUUAAAAAAAAAGAACACAUUUGUUUCACAGCAACAUCAUCCAGAACAUGCUUAAAAUCAGCAUUUGAAUAUUAGGAAUUAGAGAAUGAAAGUGUUUACUGACAUCUAUAUUUGCUGUGUAACAAGUGUCUCAUACAAAAAGCUUAUAAUAAUUGCAGCUGUAAUACUUUACCUGCAGGUAGCACAGGUGUACAUUGUUGUUGUUUUGGCCUGUAGUUGGCACAAAUGAGCUGUUUUCUAGCCUAAAACGGUUGCUGCAUCAUAAUAAUGACUUUGUUUGCUAUUCAAAGUAGCUUUAAAACACCUGGAAGAAUAUUUAAAAGUCCAUUUAUUUCUAAGCUGUGGUUUAUUUCCCCCCUUUUUUUUAAUAAAAAACAUAAUUUUUGUUAAGUGUUUUUGUAUUGUCCUAACCAUGUAUAGGAUGCAGUACUAUAUCCUAACUGUAUCUUGUAUCAUGCAAUUGAAAAUAAAUUGAGAUUUCAUGA